CGAAGGGGAGGGGGGGCUUCCGUUCGUGACGCCACGGCCGUCGCCUCCGCCUGAGCUCCCGGAGCUACCUCGGCAGUCCGCCGACGCUGAUUUUCAAGAUCCCCUGAUCCGGUGGCGGCCGGCCGCCAUUGUUAAAGGCGGAAGCUUUCUGCAGCUCGGGGCUCUUCCCCUCGUGGCAUUCCUGGCUGCAUCGAAGGCGUCCUCCCACUAAUAAUUGCGUUGGAUUUGGCUUCUUCGGCGCUCGAAAGGCGAGGUUCCUCGUUGUCGUCGGCGGAUUCAAUGGGGAAUGCGUCGUCCAUGCUGACCCAGUAUGAUAUCGAAGAAGUUCAAGACCACUGUAAUAAUCUUUUUUCCCAGCAAGAGAUUGUGUCGUUGUACGAGAGAUUUUGCCAACUCGAUCGGAAUGCAAAAGGGUUUAUCUCGGCGGAUGAAUUCUUAUCGGUUCCAGAGUUUGCAAUGAAUCCACUUUCUCAGAGGCUGCUUAAGAUGGUGGAUGGCUUGAAUUUUAAAGAUUUUGUGGCAUUCUUGUCUGCUUUUAGUGCCAAAGCUAGCAAACAGCAGAAGAUUGAAUUGAUUUUCAAGGUGUAUGAUUCGGACUGUAAUGGAAAGGUCUCUUUCAAUGACAUUUUGGAAGUUUUGCGGGAUUUAUCGGGUCCAUUUAUGUCAGAUGAACAAAGAGAGCAAGUCUUGGUUCAAGUGUUGAAGGAAGCUGGUUACACAAGGGAAUCCUAUUUAUUGUUGGAUGACUUCGUUAAGGUUUUUGGAAACUCCGACCUAAAAAUGGAGGUGGAAGUACCAGUUGACUGAGGAGCGGUCCAUUUCGCCAUGCUCUGGAAAAUAUGCUGCACCAAAAUGUGCCCGUCAAGGUUCCCAUGGGAAUAGCGAACAUGAACCAGGAAGAGAUGGCGUUUCCUUUCUCGCUCUGAUUGUGCCCAGAGGAGAGAAUGAGCAAAUAGGAAAGAUGUAUAUUGAAAUAAAAUCUGCUCCCUUGGAAUGUAAUAUUGGACAAAACAACAAUAUUUUGUCUCUAGAUUUUUGUCCUCUCUCGGACGUGGUUUGAUCGAAUCCAGAAACAGAUCAGGAUAGGUAUAAGUUGGAUGCUGCAAUUUUGUUUGUUCAUUGGGUUGGCACCUUCUCUCUAUUCUGGGUGGCAUUCUCAUUUCUGCA